AUGAACACUUUGUCCAACUAAUAAUAAAGUAAUCAGUAGUAGCCCUUUUCUUUAGAGGCUCUUUUGUAACUAGCAGGCUCAAACAUUUAGCAGUAGCCUUAACUCUCCUAGUAGUAGCAGCAAUAGCAUGCCUAGUUAGGGCUUUAGGGAGGAAUGGGCUCCCUUAACGGAGGAGUACCCCCAGGUAAUAUCAGCGGAGGGUAUCCUGACAAUCUGGCUCUGAUUGCACAAAUUAUGUAAAAUUAAGGUGGCUAAUAAUUGUAACCCUCGCCCUAAUUAUAGCCUGGAGUGUAGCAUUAAUAGAAUCUGUCAAAUCAGUAGCAACCUAAUUAGUAGUUGAGAGGUUCUAUGCCUGGAGGGGGACCUCAGCCUCAAAAUUAAGCAUCUUAGUAGUAAUUAGUAUCAGUAGUAAAUGGAGGAGGUGGUGGAUCUUCUAAUUUUUAGGACUAGUAGCCCCAGUAAAAUCAGUAAUAAAGUUAGUAUCAGGCUGAUUUAUUGUAAAAUCUUGUCAGGUAGUAAGCAGCUCAGUAACAAUAGCAACAGAUACUCCAAUAGGAUUAAUAGAUUUCUAGUUUGAAUAACCAAUUUAUAGCUGCACCGAAUCUUCAAAACUUUCCACAAAAUCUUUAAGGGUAUCAAAAUCAGAAUUAGAUAUAGCCUGGUUAAGCUCUACAGUAGUAGUCUUAGUAGCAGUAAAGUCUAGCUGGAAUUGUAGGACUUCUUUAACUUGCUUAGUCGAACUAAUAACCUUCAGCUGCUCCUCAAAUUCAAUAACUUUUAGGUGCUUUAAGCUAGUUUAGCAAUCUGAUCGCACUUUCAUAGAUAGCAAAUUAACUUGGAGGAGGAAAUGUUAAUCCAUAGACGACAAGCUCUGGUGGACUUACUCAACCUUAAUAACCAGAGGAAGAGUACUAUUCAAAAUACUUUAUAGGAGGCAUAUCUUACUCUGCUAAAGGUAAGUUAUUAACCAUCACUGUCUAAUCAAAUAAAGAAUCCGAUAUUGAAAAGUAUUUCAAAUAGUACGGAUAGGUUGUUGACGUAGCCAUUAUGAGAGAUAAAAAUACAGGGAAAAGUAGAGGAUUUGCAUUUGUCACUUUCAAAGAAUAUAAGAGAGAAGCUGUGAGAGAGCUAACUAGCAGACUCCUAAAACCUCCCACACCACAUAUGAUACAAAAUAGAAUGAUAGAGGUAAGGGAAGGUGACGGCUCAAAACCACCUGACUCAUUUUUGGAUAAGCAGUAAGCUGCUGCAGCUCAGAGAGAAAAAGAUAGAUAGAAAGGAAGACGAGACGAUAGGGACCAUCGUAAUAAUGAUAGAGACAGAGAUAGAGAACGAAUUGAUAUGAGACGCAAGCACAGAGAACUAGAGAGAUUAGAAACCUAGGGUGUGAAGGAUAAGAUUUUUGUUGGUGGUCUGGAUUACCAACUAACUGAUCAAUUGUUUAGGGAACACUUCUCAUAAUAUGGCGAAGUAAAAGACGCCCAAAUAGUUAGGGAAUAAAAUACUGGGGCUAGUAAAGGGUUUGGAUUUAUCACCUAUUUUGAUGAUAGGAUUGCAAAGAAGCUUAUCACUGAAGUAUAGGUCUCGGUAAUGAACGGUAGGAAAGUUGAUAUUAGAACUGCUGAACCUAAGCUUUCUGAGAAGAUAGCGAUCAUAAACAAGGCUGUUUAAGAAGACCCAGAAUCUAGGAGGGGUGGAAAUAGAAUGAAUAGAGAUAACAGAAGGCAUUCAAGAGAUAGAAGAAAUGACAAUUAAAGAGGCAACGACAGAAAUAGAUAACGUAGUAGAAGUAGAAGUUAAAGAGGUGGCAAUUUCCAUGAUAAAAACCGAAAAGACCAAUAUCAGCAACAUAAUAAUGAUAGAGAUAGGUCAUAGAAAGGAGGGAGCUCUGGAAGUUACAAUGAUAGAAAUUCCAGCAACAUGAUGGAUAAAGACGGUAAUUCAACUUAGGUAGAAAAUAGUAACAGUUAGAAUGAGUAGGAUUAUGUAACCAGAUAGGUAAAUGAAAGGGACUCAAAUUGA